AUGGUUGCAAAAAAAUCUAAAAAUACUGAAUUUAAUAUUUAUUCAAAUCGAUCUUCACCUGAAAUAGAAUUUAUUAAUAAUAACAUUGCGACUGGUUCUAAUACAAAACCAAAAAAAGCUCCAAUAUCCAUUACUCAAGAUGAUGAUUUUUUUAAUAUAUUAAAUUCUUCAGAUAAAGAAUUUGAAACAGACAAUGAAUCUAUAUUUUCUGACAAUAAUGUUGAUUUCGAUGAAACAAUAUCAAAUUAUGAAACAAUUGAAGACUCUAAUUCUGAUAAAAAUAUUUCAAAAUACAACGAAUUAGAAGAUCAAAAUUCACCUAACAAAAAAUCAAAUGAAGAUUAUUUAUACACUAAUUAUAAUCCUAUUGAUAUUGAUCACAAUCCUCUGAUUUUUAAUUCAAAUGAAGUAACAAAAUGGGAAUUACUUCAUUCUUUUAAUGAUGUGACAUUUGCUGAUUUUCCCUCAACUCUAUACCGUGGUGAUCGAUUAAUUGGGAUCGAAAAUUGUGAAUGUAAUGAAUUGAUUACCAAGAUGAUACGAACUUCUAAAGGAAAGUACCUGGUUAAGCCAAUUAAAGUUUAUCCAUAUCAUUCAAUAAUUCGUCAAUUAGGAGUAUUUUUAUCAAAACCAGGGAUGGAAGAUUUAAUAGAAUCAUGUUUUGAUCGUGAUAUUGAGGAUGAUAUAUUUGCUGAUAUAUAUGAAGGAAGAGUAUGGAAAGAAUUUACUGAAAACACCUUUGUUAUUGGAAUUAUACCUGGUCCACAUGAGCCUGAUGUAAAUGAAAUCCAUCAGUAUAUUAAACCUUUAGUUGAUGAAUUUCUCCAAUUAUGGACUGGUCAAGUUAUCAAAACUCCUAAUUAUCCAUUUGGUCGAAUAUAUCGUGUAGCCUUAAUAAUGAUUUCAUGUGAUACUCCUAUCAGAGGAUUUUCUAGUCAUUCUUCUAAAAGAGGAUGUUAUAGAUGUGAUCAUACUUUUCCUAUGAUUCAGAAUAGAAAUACAAGUAAAUGGAAACCAGAUUUUGGUAAUUUCAAUUUUAAUCUUCCACAGCGUUCUAGAGAGAAGCAUCUGAAUAUUGCUUAUGAAUAUAAAAAUGCAAGUUCUUCGAUAAGUAACCAAAUAUUUAGUGAACAUGAUAUAGGUCGUAUACCUCUUAAAAUAGCAUCAAGAUUUGCUGGAUUUACGGCAGAUCAAUGGAAAUCAUGA